UGACUUUGACAUUACAAAUUUCACUCAUCAUCGUCUCCCGUCGGCUUCUUUCUUGAAGCUAAAACUUAAUUAUUAUUGAAAUUUACUUCAAUUACUCAAUUCCAACAUGUUCAGAAAUCAGUAUGACAGCGAUGUUACGGUAUGGAGCCCUCAGGGUCGACUCCACCAAGUGGAGUACGCCAUGGAAGCUGUAAAACUUGGAUCAGCUACCGUAGGCCUGAAGAACAAACAAUAUGCUGUCCUCAUUGCUCUCAAGCGGGCCGUGAGUGAGUUGUCCGCUUACCAGAAGAAAAUUAUUCCAAUUGAUGAGCAUAUUGGCAUCUCUAUCUCUGGUUUGACUGCUGAUGCUAGAAUGUUGAGCCGUUUCAUGCGCACCGAGUGCCUUAACCACAAGUACGCGCACGAUGCACCAAUGCCUGUAGGCCGUCUCAUCGGUCUAGUUGGAAACAAGAUGCAGAUUUGUACGCAGAGGUACGACAAGAGGCCUUUGGGAGUGGGACUGUUAGUAGCUGGCUACGACGACCAAGGACCACAUAUCUACCAGACAUGUCCAUCAGCGAACUUCUUCGACUGCCGUGCGAUGGCGAUCGGAGCUCGGUCACAAUCAGCUCGUACUUACUUAGAGAAACACCUGUCUUCGUUCAUGGACUGUGAUCUUCAGGAGCUGGUCGCUCAUGGACUUCGAGCUCUUAGAGAUACUUUGCCUAAUGAAGUGGAUCUUAAUACUAAGAACGUGUCCAUCGCCAUUGUGGGUCCAAAGACUCCUCUACGCAUAGCUGAUGAAGAGGAACUGACUCGUCUCUUAGCGCUGGUGGAAGGCGAGGAGAGGAGGGGCGGCGGUGCCAGUGCUACUGGUGACGCGGGUGCGCCUGCUGACCGCGACCGUGAUGCCCCGGGGGACGAUCCUCAACCCGCCGUGGCCAUGGAUACGGAGUAAACGACGAGCGACUCCGGGAUGCUGACGAUGAUGAAGUUACCAAGGCUGAUAGAACUAGCAAGUUCUAUCGUUGCUAUGGCAACCAAAAUGUCUUCGUCAACAGCGCUAAGACUUCGCGUCUCCCUUCCUGUUGUUCGCUUAAAGACCUGCCUUGGCCAGUGUUUAGGAGUAUAAGUACAUGUUGCUAAGUAUACAAUAAAGUAGCUACUGUUGCGCGGUUUCACCCAAUGUUCGGCUUCUUUUGAUUGUAAUCGUUUUAUAACCAACCUUCCUCAAUAAAUGGACAAUCCAUCACAAAAAUAUUUUUUAAAUUUAGUCUAUUGGUUCCAUAGAAUAGAGCGUUCAAAGUGUUUAAACAAAAAGAUAAACUCGAACUGUAUUCUAAUACUUGGCUACGAAAUUGCUUUGUCAUUUAUGAUGAAACAUCCAAGUUCAAUGCUUUGACGACUGAAUAAAAUUAUCUUUUGAAAACACGCGAUCCUAUAAGAAUAUCGGGAUAAAAUGUAGCUAUAUUACUCACUAAAAGAAGUUUUUCAAUAGCGAAAAUAUAUAAAAAAUAUAUAUAAAAUAUAUAAAUCGGUCUAGUAGUUUCGGAGCCUAUUCAAUGCAAACAAUAAAAUCUAUAUUUUUAUAAUAAACGAAAACUACUUUUUUCUUUACAGUCGAGUGAUGAGUUUAUAUUUAGUGAUAUUGUCGUACGCCUGAGCGCUGGCCAAGGCAAUGAAGGGAUAAUAGCAUUUUACUAUUUUAUUUUUCAAUUUGUAUUCAAUAAACAUUUUCUUUAUUAUGUA